CAUUGUUCUUAAUAUUAUCAAUUUUGAGUACAGCUUAAAAAUUCGAUGAUUAUAAAGCUAUCCAACAGGAUAACAAUGGAAGAUUACGAUAUUAAUAAUGUAGACUUCAGGAGGUUACUCACCGAAGAAGAACUUCUGAAUUUAGAUACCUGCAUUAGUUUUCUGGACCAAGAGAAGGAGAAUCAGAUUAACUUUCACGAAGUUCUGACUGAAGAUGAACAGCUGAACCUCGAAAAUUGCAUCCAGAAGAUAUUAAAAGAAGAUAGAAUAACCCAGAAUCCUAAUGAAGUGCCACCGAUAAUGUCGUUGAAUCAACAAGCUUUGCUACAGAAGCCUCUUACUCAAUGGCACCGUCAGCAGCCUCAAACCCAAUGGCACCGUCAGCAGUCUCGAACUCAAUGGUCUAAUGAAAUGACACCGAAAAUGCCGUUUAAUCAACAAGCUUUGCCACAGCAGCAUUUAACUCAAUAUCACAUUCAGCAGCCACUUACUCAAUGGCACCGUCAGCAGCCUUUAAGUCAAUGGCACCGUCAGCAGCCAAGUGUAUCCUACCAGCAUUUCUAUCAGCCUGUAGCUGCAUCUGUGAAUACUUUGCCUUAUAAUAAUGCACCCUCGGGAUCAUCCGAAUUCUUUUCAAAGUUUGGUGAAAAUACGAGAAAAAUGAAGAAGACUCAUGCAGUGGAACGCCGAAAAAGGCCUUAUUGCAGAAGACAAAGUCAACCAACUGUAGCUGCACUUGAGAAUAACUACUCUUACGUCAGCCCCAGUGGACUUUCGGAAUCCUCGGAAUACUUCUCAAAGUUUGAAGAAAAUAUUAAAAAUUUAGAAAGGGUGUACUGUACCAGAGAUGUUCAAAGUAAGUUUACGUAAAAAACAGUAAAAAGUUCUUCAUUUCAUCAGUUUACUUAUUCAUCAGGACAUUUUCAUCACAUCUAGAAGGUCAUCUUCAUUCUUUGUUAUUCUGGUAAUCUGACCUUAUUUUUUUAAUAUAACGAAGAAAUCAGAUAAGUAAAAAAGCUUUCGCUUUAUACGUGGAAAAAUCUUAUUUUUGUACAUCGAUAUUCUGUAAAUAUUCUGUAUAAUU